AUGCAUGAGAUUCAAGUUACAGAGAAAAAGGCAGUAAUAGAGAAGGAAGAUGAGGACGAGGACCCUGUCAAAGAAUAUAGCACGCAGCAGCGCAAUGCUUUACCUGGGGAGCCAAAUUGCGUGGUAUGUGGCCGAUACGGAGAAUAUAUUUGCGAUGAAACAGAUCACGAUGUCUGUAGCAUUGAGUGCAAAAACUUAGAUAUUGAACUCUCAAAAAUCACACCAGCAGUAGCGGCACCAGAUAACGCGCCGAUUGAACAAACAACAACAGUCCAGACACCUGUUCCACGACUACCUCCACUUCAAAAUCCAACUUCCGAUCUUUUACACGUAAAAUUAACUGGUUAUUUCCCACACCCAGAGAUAAGUUGUAUGACAGAAUCACAACUAUUCUCGAUCCUUUCUACAAAUCAAAUCAAUUGUUUGGGAAAACACAUUCCCAGACCCAUUCUAAAUUUCGCACAUUGUCGACUACCUGAAACAAUUUAUAAAAAUUUACAGCAGAUUGAAAUUCACAAACCAACGCCAAUUCAAAUGGAAGUAAUUCCUGCAGGAUUGGAGGGUCGUGAUGUUCUGGCAAGCGCUGCAACAGGCUCAGGGAAAACCGCUAGCUUUCUAAUUCCGAUCAUUGUACACGUGUUUGCAUUAUCACAAUAUUAUAAAAAUGUUGACAAUAGCAAUGGAGGACCUUACGCAUUAAUUAUGGCUCCGAACAGAGAAUUAUGUGCGCAGAUUGAGCAGCAUACAAAAUCUUUAAUUCAAGGAUUGCCUAAUAUGAAAACUGUUUUAUUAGUAGGUGGACACCCAAUUCCAAAUCAGAUCCAUCGUCUUCAGCAGCGAAUUCAAAUUGCAAUUGCGACACCUGGACGAUUUCUUGAUAUUUAUAACCAGUGCGAAGAAACCUAUAAUUUUUUUACAAAUAUUCAUAUUUUAGUGUUGGAUGAAGUUGAUAUGAUGUUUAAAAUGGGAUUUGAGACGCAAUUAAUGAAAAUAUUGGAAAAUUUACAAAUUCCUUUGGGGUUGUCGCAUCGACAAACUUUAAUGUUCUCGGCUACUAUUCCAAAAAAUAUCGAAUCAAUUGCCUCGAGUAUUUUACGAGACCCUAUUAAAAUUCUGAUUGGUGGUGGUAAUAAAUUGGAUGAACCUGUGAAAACAUUCAAAAACUUGAGUGGUAACAAUAUUGUAAUCGCUAAUAACUAUCAUGAAAUGAUGAACACGAAUAGUACUACACUAAACAUCAUGAACAAUAGUAACCCAAUUCUCUCAGUGAAACAGACAAUUCUUUGGGUCGAGAACAAAUCCAAAAAGAAACAAUUAUUCUCAAUAUUGAAUGAUCCAAAAUACUAUGAUCCUCCUAUAGUAAUAUUUGUCGAGUCUAAGCUCGGCGCAGAUUUGCUAUCAAAAGCGAUUGAGAAAAAAUGGCCAGGAACACGAAUUGCAAGUAUUCAUGGAGAUAAAACACAAGAAGAACGAACGCAAGUACUACAAGCUUUUUUGGCGGGUGAAUAUGAUAUUAUAGUUGCGACUGGGGUAUUAAGUCGCGGAUUGAAUCUAACAAAUGUUCGGAUGGUGGUGCUGUUUGAUAUGGCAUUCUCAGUUGAUGAAUAUAUUCAUCAGGUUGGAAGAGCCGCUAACAAGGGAAGUCAAGGAUGGGCAAUUACUUUUAUCAAUGAGGAUCAUAAAAAAUUAUUUAAAGAGUUUGUGAAAAUGUUAAAGAAUCAACCGCUUGGCAAAGUUACUCCACUCCCUUCAAAAUUACUAAGUCAUGGAUGUACCCUCUACGGAAAUAGUGAUAGAUAG